AUGAUUCAACGAAAACCAGAAGAAAAAGAAUCAAAGCGGACCAUCAAGGUGUCACGUUUCGACGCAAGAAGCGGAGAUGCUACGAUUCAACGACGAAGACAAGAAGUUCGAAGUCCCCAAUACUGGCAUUGCCACUCACUAAAGAUGUACCGGACCAAAGCAGGAGAUAGUCAACAAGACAAUGGCGCCGUCACACCAAAGUUAAGGAGCCACAACUACAGCUGUCAAAACACAACAAGGAGUAUCGAAGGAAAAGUACGAUCAAACGAUACAACAUCCACGCGACACAUCGAUCCAUUGCAAGAAAUUCUAGAAGAAGAGGAGAUCAUUGGGACGAUUUCAUUGAGGAGUGGAGUCGUCGGAAUCAACUCGACGGACGGAAGGACCACAGCAAUAUCGAGCUGUACACAAGACAACCUCCUCAUGGAAGGUCAUCUGAGGGUCGGUAUUGAGGUCGGCAGCAAGCCGAGCCGUGGAAAUCGGAAGUCGUCUGUAUGGGAGCACAAAGGACACGUGCUGUGGCAACAUCAGGCGCAACGACAACGAGAAGCAGUCCAGCAACCGAGGCAAGGACGCGAAAACCACCACCCAGCAGAGGAGGAGAUGAAUACUCAGGACCCAAGAUUGUACAAAGAACUCACGGAGUUCAAAAGGAAGGCCACCUUACAAUCCAUCGAAGGAACUUCCUGGCGACCAAAGAACUCUGUCACAACGAAUGAGGACCCAGCUGACAUCAGGAGAGAUUCUAUCGACCAGAGCAACGGAACCAAGGGAACAUCCAUUUCCGAGGAGACGUUCAACACGAAAAUUCAUGUCAUGGCGAUUACGAAUGCGAUCGAUGAUAUGGAUUCAGUUAUGCUUCGACGGGAGGACCACCUGCAUCAACAAGAAGAAGCUGGUACCACAACGAACAUCAUCCAAGUGGAAUCAAGAAUGGAUACUAUUGAUUUCGUGAUGAAAGCGGACUCGAUAGGAUUCCAAUCUUGA